GUCGACGCAGUUACUACUUAGCGACCAACCAUCGAACACUUGCGGUGCAUGUCUGGCACCGUCAUCGACCGAGCCGUAUCGAACACUCGCGGUGCAUGUCGGGGACCGCCACCGACCGAGCCGAACGCUUCUCCGCGACGCGCCGAGGCUUCCCACCGCACUUGGCGGACCGCUUUCCCGUUUCUUUUGUCGGUUUCUUCCUAGGAGUGGGUGCAUUUAUUGUGCCACUCCAAACCGACGUGGAUCACGUCUCGUGAGGCCAUUUGGUCAAUAUCGCCAUUGUAUGUUUGCUUCCCUCCGUCGGAUAGUUGACAAGGUCAGCUCUCGCUUCUGAGACUCCCGCUGGUGGCUUCUGUCGUAGCAAGCUUGGCGCAAGGAAGACGAUGUCGAUGAGAUGGACGCCCAGAGGAUGAAGUGAAAACAAAGGUAUCGGGUCUCCAAGCAUCAUCGUUUGUCUUGGUAGGUUGGUAAGACGGGAAUAUGCACGCGGUGAACGCGAUGGCGGUGGCGAGGGGGGUGAUGACGAUGAUGAUGGCGGCGGGGGGUGGCGGGGGUAACGGGGAGACCGUGGCGGUGCUGCAGGAGGCGGAGGACAUCCCGUUCGGGACGGGCUGGUGGUACGCCUACGCGGGGAUCUCGUGCUUGCUGGUGCUGUUCGCGGGGAUCAUGUCUGGGCUAACGCUAGGGCUCAUGUCGCUGGGCCUAGUAGAGCUCGAGAUCCUGCAGCGGAGCGGGACGCCCACCGAGAAGAAGCAGGCAGCUACUAUUCUUCCUGUUGUUCAAAAGCAACACCAACUUCUUGUCACCUUACUUUUAUGUAAUGCUGCUGCCAUGGAGGCUCUUCCCAUAUACCUUGAUAAGAUUUUCCAUCCUUUCGUUGCUGUUGUCUUGUCUGUAACAUUUGUUCUGGCUUUUGGAGAGGUUAUUCCUCAAGCCAUAUGCACAAGAUAUGGACUAGCUGUGGGUGCUAAUUUUGUAUGGCUUGUACGCAUUUUGAUGAUUAUAUGCUACCCGAUAGCUUAUCCUAUUGGCAAGAUUCUUGAUUGUGCACUAGGGCAUAAUGAAUCUGCACUUUUUAGGCGUGCUCAGUUAAAAGCUCUUGUAUCUAUCCAUAGUCAAGAGGCUGGUAAAGGUGGGGAGCUCACACAUGAUGAGACAACAAUAAUUAGUGGAGCUUUAGACUUGACUGAAAAGACAGCUGAGGCAGCCAUGACUCCCAUUGAAUCAACAUUCUCAUUAGAUGUCAAUUCAAAAUUAGACUGGGAAGCAAUUGGCAAGAUUCUUGCUAGAGGCCACAGCCGUGUUCCUGUUUAUUCAGGGAAUCCGAAAAACAUUAUUGGCCUUCUGCUGGUGAAAAGCCUUCUCACUGUUCGUGCUGAGACGGAAACACCAGUUAGUGCUGUUUCUAUCAGAAGAAUUCCGAGGGUUCCAGAAGAUAUGCCACUGUAUGAUAUACUGAAUGAGUUUCAAAAAGGUAGCAGUCAUAUGGCAGCUGUUGUGAAAGCUAAAAGCAUAAAUGAGACUCCACCUGCUGAAAGGAAGAAAUUGGAAGCGAACAAAGAACCUAGUGGCAAAUCUGAAUUGAUGGUUCCUUUAUUAUCUGAAGGCGGAGAAAAAUCAGAUUGUGUUGUUGUUGACAUCAACACAUGGCAAAAUAAACAAGUCACUGGAGAUAAGCCAACCCUGCAACAGAAUGAUGCAGCAGAAAGUAUAGUAGCUCGUUUAGCCGAAGAUGGAGAACAUGGGGAGGUCAUUGGCAUUAUCACCCUUGAGGAUGUCUUUGAAGAGCUCCUUCAAGAGGAGAUAGUGGAUGAGACAGAUGAAUUUGUUGAUGUCCACAAGAGGAUACGAGUGGCUGCUGUCGCCGCUGCCGCUUCUUCAGUUGCUCGGGUUCCAUCUUUAAGAAGGUUGACCGGACAGAAGGCAGCAGGUACUCAAACUCGGCAAGGACAACAAGCUACUGGAAUCUUAAAGAAACACACUGAGGCUGAUUCAAACACUCCAAGAAAUCAAGUGAAACAAGAGGCGAAAUAAGGGUUUGUUGCAUGAGCUGCCACAUGCAUGUGAGUAUCGUCUAUAAUUCAUAUGAACAUAGAUAAUUAUCUUGUGAAAAAUGUGAGGCCAUGGUUGCUGCUCAGCUGGGUUGGCCUUCACCUAGCAAAAACCCAUCAGGACCAUCUGUAUAUUCGUCCGUGGCAUGAUCAUGAUGUCGUUUGAGGUUUGAAGUUGGAAGACGGGAGAUUUUUGUUGUUUUUUUUAUUUGUUAAAUUUUAACUUUGGAUCUUAAUUUUGAAAUUUAAGAGUACACUGUUGUUCAAUCUGUAUGUAGCGAAAAGAGACUAUUUGGUAUGAGAUUUCCUGCCCCUUCAAAUCUGAUUAGUCUAAUGAAAUCAUAUUUUUGUGUA